GGUGGGUCUUUCCACGUUUGGGCCCCUCGGUAGGUCCUUGUGGUUGUUGCAGCCGCCUUAACGGAUGCGGGAAGGCGAGGCUGUCUCCUCCUUUGCCCCCCAGCAGUCUCGAAUGGAAGACCAUUUGCGGGAGGGGGCCUAGACUGCUGUUGCAGAGAAGGGGCGCCCCCCCUCCCCGGGCUCCAUUUCUCCAGGUGGGUUACCAAAGGCCUGGUAGCACCUCGUUUAACCCUUCUCUCUCUGAGGAGGUGCACGCCCCUCUCCAAGCAGCACCUUGGAGAGUCCAGUGCCGGGUUUCCACUGGCCCAUGGAAGAAUUUGGAGGUUGCCUGGGGUCCCGAGCUGUUUAAAACCCUCUGGCCCUCCUUGCCCAGGCCUCCCACGUGCAGGCUUUUCGGGGCACAGCCGCCUCUGCGGUUACCCUGUUAUAAUAAGUCUGCUGCUCUCCCGUAACCAGCUGGGAGAAAGCAGAGCUCAGCGCAGUCUCCUUUUCUGGGCCCCACGCCUUGGCCAGACCCUUCCGGAAGAGACGUCGACUUGCCAGGGCUCCGGGGGAGGAAUCCUGAGGUCGCUCACUCCCACCCUGGGGCACCCCUGGAGCAGCGAGCUCCAGUCUCCCCGCGGCCGGCUUCAGAGCCCCGAGGAGCGGGACCGGGGAUUCCCUCAGCGCUGACUCCCCGCGGCUCCUGAGCACAAAGGCCACACCCUCACAGGCCAGGCAUCGCAGGGGACAGAGCGUUGGCUUCUGCCGAAUUACCUGGAUACCUGAGGUACCCAAGCAAGGACAGGAAUAAUGAAGAGACACAUGUGUUAGCUGCAACCUUUUGAAAUAAGCAAGAAGGAAAUCAGCAGUGUGGACAAGGCUGGAACCGUUGCCACGCUUGCUUGUCGGAGUGAAUGAGGAAUGGGCUUGUGAUUAUGCUGACAUUCCAGCAUGAAUCUGGUAGACCUGUGGUUAACCCGUUCCCUCUCCAUGUGUCUCCUCCUACAAAGUUUUGUUCUUAUGAUACUGUGCUUUCAUUCAGCCAGUAUGUGUCCCAAGGGCUGUCUCUGUUCUUCCUCUGGGGGUUUAAAUGUCACCUGUAGCAAUGCAAAUCUCAAGGAAAUACCUAGAGAUCUUCCUCCUGAAACAGUCUUAUUGUAUCUGGACUCCAAUCAGAUCACAUCUAUCCCCAAUGAGAUUUUUAAGGACCUCCAUCAACUAAGAGUUCUCAACUUGUCCAAAAACGGCAUUGAGUUUAUCGAUGAGCAUGCUUUCAAAGGAGUAGCGGAAACUUUGCAGACUCUGGACUUGUCUGACAACCGGAUUCAAAGCGUGCACAAAAAUGCCUUCAAUAACCUGAAGGCCAGGGCCAGAAUCGCCAACAACCCCUGGCACUGCGACUGUACUCUCCAGCAAGUUCUGAGGAGCAUGGCAUCCAACCACGAGACAGCCCACAAUGUGAUCUGUAAGACUUCUGUGUUGGAUGAGCACGCCGGGAGACCAUUCCUCAAUGCUGCCAAUGAUGCUGACCUUUGUAACCUCCCCAAAAAGACUACCGAUUAUGCCAUGCUGGUCACCAUGUUUGGCUGGUUCACCAUGGUGAUCUCAUAUGUGGUGUAUUACGUGAGGCAAAAUCAGGAGGAUGCCCGGAGACACCUUGAAUACUUGAAAUCCCUGCCCAGCAGGCAGAAGAAAGCAGAUGAGCCCGAUGACAUUAGCACUGUGGUAUAGCGUCCAAACAGACUGGCACCGAGAAAGAAAUUCGUUUGCAGUUGCAAUAGAAUUAAGUGGUUUACUUUUCCCAUCCGUUGUAAACAUCUAAAACUUUGUAUCUCCCUUUCUUUUGAAUUAUGCCACUGUCGAGCUUUUAACAAACAUGACAACAUAACAGAUAAUUUUAGUUUAGGUGUCCCACCCCUUAAUUGUACCCCCAGUGGUAUAUUCCUGAGUAAGCUACUAUCUGGACAUAAGUUAGAUCCAUCUCACUAUUUAAUAAUGAAAUUUAUUUUUUUAAUUUAAAACCAAAUAAAAGCUUAACUUUGAACCAUG